AUGGCUCUGGAUGCAUUGCUACAAGGGUUGAGCCUGUCAGGCGUUUUGACAGCAGUGGCCAUCUCCUCGCUCUUCUUGGUAUUUGUGAGGCGACGAUACGGCUCGUCAAUCUCUGAUGUCCCCGGUCCCUUCAUUGGGAGUUUCUCGGUUCUCUGGCUGCUAUGGAGCAUAUUACGUGGUCAGCUGGGACAAGCCACUAUUGAAGCCCACAGAAAAUACGGCAAGUUGGUCCGCAUUGCAUACAAUGAGGUCAGCAUCAGCGAUCCAGACGGUAUCGAGCAAGUUCUCAAAAGUAAAAUGGACAAGGGUGAUUGGUACAAAAUCACCAGUCUUCCGGAUUCAAGGUUCAUAAAUCAGAUGAGCGAGACCAAUGCCAGACGGCAUAUCGAGAAGCAAAAGAACAUCGCGUCCGGUUACACGCUAUCAAACAUUAUCAAAUCCGAGCCAUACAUCGACAACCUGCUCUCCCUUUUCCGAAGCCGACUCGACGAGCUUGCCGCCGCGAAGCAGCCCGUUAAGUUUGAGCAAUGGUUUAAUUACCUCGCCUUUGACAUCGUUGGUGAAGUUACCUUUUCCCGGCAGUUUGGCUUCCUCGUGCAAGGCCGCGACAUCGGUAAUGCAAUCGCUAACCAAGGAUUUCUUACGCUUUACCUCUCUGUCGUAGGGUAUUUCCAAUGGGUUCACAAUCUACUUCUCGCAAACCCUCUCAUAGAGUAUUUUAACCUCCAACCGGCAAUGCACGUCUUCGAUACGUGUGUCGCUGCUAUCGAUGCCCGCUCAAAAAACGACAAAGUCCGUAAAGACAUGAUUGAGCAGUGGAUGGGCACCCGGAAAAAACAUCCAGAGUCCAUGGACCAAAAAGAGAUCUUCGCCGCGGCAGUCGCGACCAUCGGUGCUGGCGCGGAUACCAUCAGCGCGGUCUUACAAGCGCUGUUCUACUACCUCCUCCGAAGCCCAAAGACGUUUGAUCUCUUGCGAGAAGAGAUUGAUAACGCUCAGCUCUCCUCGAUCCCCAGUUACGAAGAGACUCAGAAAUUGGAGCUCCUUCAAGCCUGCAUCAAGGAGACUUACCGCUUCCAUACCCCUGUUUCCCUGAACCUUUCACGCAUCUCUCCACCGGGUGGCGUUAUAGUAUGCGGCCGACAUUUUGAACCCGGCGUCCUGCUUUCCAUCAAUCCCUGGGCAAUCCACCGUCUCACGUCAAUCUUUGGCGCCGACGCCGACUCCUUCAACCCUCUUCGGUGGCUGGGCAGCUCCGAUUCGAUCAGGCAGAUGGAUCGAAACAUGGUUGCCUUCGGCGCGGGCUACAACCAAUGUCCCGGACGGAAUCUGGCGCAUCUGGAGGUGAGCAAGGCAGCAGCGUUGAUGGUGCGGGACUACGAUAUCAAGCAGGUCAAUCCGGGGCAGGAGUGGAAGUUCAUGUCGCAUUUCGCUGCCAUUCCACACGACUGGCCUUGUUGGGUGACCCCGAGAAAGCGGAGCUAG